AUGUUACAAUUAUUAACAGAUGAAAUGCAGGUGCAUGAUUUUGGGAGGAAGAUACUAUUUUCAAAUGUAGAAGUAGAGAAAGAGACAGCCAAGAAGGGAUUCAUAGAGCUUGGUGACAAGCCAUACUUUGGAGGUGAAACCUUUGGCUUUUUAGACAUUGCUUUUGUCACCUUUUACAGCUGGUUUUACUCCUAUGAGACCUUUCGCAACUUCAGUAUAGAAUCAGAGUGCCCCAAGCUCAUUGCAUGGGCCAAGAGGUGCAUUGACAAAAAUGAGAGUGUUUCCAAGUCUCUUCCUCACCAACACAAGGUCUAUAAUUUUGUUCUAGAUUUACGCAAGAAGCUAACAGCAAGAACACAAGUAUGUUAA